UUCUUUCUAGCCGCCCAGUGUACCGGCCCAGGCCCAUCACCUCUUAUCGCCCUCGCCGACGAUGGCGCACAGCCUCACCGGCGGCGCCGUCCCCUUCUGCUGCUACCCUUGCCCACCCUGCUGCGCCGCCGGGCGAGCUACCCCGACCGCCCCCCCUUCCACCCGCCGCCGUGUGGCCGCCUCGGCGUCCCCUCCGCCGUCCCCGCCGGCCAUCGAGGGCCGCGGGGUGGGAUUUUCGGUGACGACGAGGCGGGGGGUGGUGCUGCCGGUGCUCAAGGACUGCUCACUGUGCGUCCCGCCGGGGCAGCUCUGGAUGCUCCUCGGCCCCAACGGCUGCGGCAAGUCCACCCUCCUCAAGGUUUUGGCAGGUUUUCAAAAUCCCUCUGCUGGUACAGUGCACAUUAAUAGGCCAUUCAGCUAUGUCUUCCAAAAUCCUGAUCACCAGGUUGUGAUGCCCACGGUGGAAUCCGAUGUUGCAUUUGGUCUUGGUAAGCUCAAUCUUUCAUUGGAUGAGGUUAGGUCAAGAGUGUCACAGUCUCUGGAUGCAGUUGGAAUGUUGAGCUACUCUCAAAGGCCAAUCCAAACUCUGAGUGGUGGGCAGAAACAGAGAGUUGCCAUUGCUGGUGCUUUAGCUGAAGCAUCCAAAGUACUACUGCUGGAUGAGCUGACCACAUUCUUGGACGAAUAUGAUCAGAUGGGCGUGGUCAAGGCGGUGAGGAACUCUGUAACUGCUAGUGGGGAGGUUGCGGCACUGUGGGUGACUCAUCGGCUGGAAGAACUCAGAUACGCAGAUGGUGCUAUUUACAUGGAAGAUGGCCGGACGAUUAUUCAAGGCGACGUCUCCAGUAUAUCCAGAUUUAUAAAGAGGAAACAAGCACGCUACUUUGGUCAUUUUGAGCUCUGAUCUUUGGGAGUCCCAAGCUGCAGGCAGAAUUAUCUGCUCUUGUGUAGUACGAGUACAUCACUACAUCAUGGUACUAGAAAACAGUUUCUUCUCUACGGCGUUUUGUAUGUUCGCAACUGGGAAGUUAGGGAUUCUGUCGCUCUCGCCUCUAUCGCUGCCGAAACAUUGGUUUGGCGAAUUUAGUAGCUGUCGAUUUUCGGUUCAUACAUUGUCCUUGUUCAUUGCUUUUAAUGUUAAGAGUGUGCCUUCAUGCAAGAAUGUGGUAUGUUCUCUUGCGUUGUCCUUUGCUUUGUGGUCGCCGUUUGGCAAGUGAUUUUCUGCAUGGAACCAUUCUUUCAUAUACCAAUCAUAUCUUGGGUGUGGAAAGCGUGCCUAAGAUAUUUUUUAACUGUGUCUAGAUGUUGCUUACACUGAAAUCAAAUAACAGAUAAACAAGAAUCUAAUGCUAACCAUGUAGUUUUGCAUGCACUAUUAUAUCCAUUAAGUAGUUGAAAGCCGUUGCAAAUUGCAUCCUGAAUUGCAUUUGUGCGCCAAUGCCAAAGUGCUGAUCACCUUCUGUUGUCGCCUGUAAAUCAUGUAGAGUUAAUUACCCUAUUAGUACACAAACUUGCAGUGCGGGUACAAUUUCAUACAACAAGUUGCAAAAUGACUCAUCUUGCCCCCUAAACUCGUUUUGCGGGUUCACUGAUGCACAAUUCGCGUCCGCAUUAGCCACGUCGGCCCCUGGUACUUGCCCACGUUUAGGAUAAUUUGCAGGACCCCCCCGCUGUAUGCCGUAAAUAGGUCUCUAGCCCAACCAUAUCCCGUAGCUCUUUUGUCUUGUAUCUUCGACCUCUCUGUUUUUUCCUCAAAUCCCCAGCGAAAUCCGUAGACCUCUCCUCUGUUGUUACCCCAAUGUCUGCGCAAGGACGGCACAAGGCGGCUCACCGUGACGCGACGUCCUCGCCGGCGGAUCGUGGACGGAUGGGCUGGGCGGCGACGUUGGUGUUCGCACUCGCGGCGUGUUGGCGGGGGCGCUCGCGGUGGCGUUCGCGGCGCCGUUGUGGUGACGCUCGUGGCUGUGUUGGUGGGUGCGCUCGCGGUGGCGUUCGCGGCGCCGUUGUGGUGACGCUCGUGGCUGUGUUGGUGGGUGCGCUCGCGGUGGCGUUCGCGGCGCCGUUGUUGGUGACGCUCGUCGCUGUGUUGGUGGUGCCGCUCGCGGCGGCUGCUGCAACGAGUGCUUCUUCUAUUCAUAAGCUCUCGUGUUACAGUUAUACUGCAGUAUAUGAUCUCUGAGCAGAACAUAAAUUUCUUGCAUAGGCAAAUCGAAAUGGCCACUGAGUAUGCAAAUGGCCCUGACUUUCGUGGGAUUUAGCAGGAGAUUUGCGGGCAUUUUCGUAGCCCUGUUCUUAGAGUGUGUACAGAAGGAUUGGACGCUGGGAGUUGGUUUCUAAUUUGUUCGUCAGAGGGUUGUGAAUCUCCUUGGAUAUUUGAAAUGGGUUGAUGAUGAAUGGAAAGGAAGAUCUAGGACUGUUAUUCACAAAGCCUGCGGAAGAAAUCAUGAAUUUGAAGAAUGCAUUGCUGGAGAAGGACAAGCGAGUUGAAGGAUAGCAAGGCUAAAGUCACAAUGAGGCAGAAUAUAAAAAGCAUGGAGGAGGGAAUUGGUUUUAUUCUCUGUACAGGUGCAUUUGCCAUUGUGUAUGUGCUCUGUAGGGUGUUUGUUUGAGAGUUGUAAUGCAGUUGCGAGGAAUUCUGUAUUAAUAAAGAAUUUGUCUCGAAUCCAA